AAAAAAAUCGAUAAAUUAUUCGCCUGCAAUGUCGGAGAAUAUAUCAAUCUGCCACAAUUGGUCGUUGUCGGAGAUCAGUCUAGCGGAAAGAGCUCUGUCUUGGAAGGCCUGACGAAAUUGAAAUUUCCUCGCAAUAGUGGUUUGUGUACUCGAUUUGCCACCCAGAUUAUCUUCAGAAGGGCUCCCAACUUGACCACACGCAAAGUAAAUGGCUCAAUCAUUUCAACAAUGAAUAACGAGGGAAAUGAGACUGCUGAUUGGAGUAUGUCUGAUAUUGAGGCAUUGAGUGAAGGAGAGUUCGAGAAUAUGAUGAAUGAGGUUCAUGAAGCAAUGGGCUUGUCAACUUCAAUCGAUGAUGGCCUACCCACUUUCUCCCACGACAUCCUUCGAUUAGAGAUCCACGGACCACAUGAGAAUCACCUCAGUGUUAUUGAUGUCCCUGGAAUUUUUAAAACGACCACCCCUGGACUUACCACCAAAGCAGACAUUGUUCUAGUAAGAGACAUGGUGCUUAGUUACAUGCGCAAUCCUCGCUCCAUAAUGCUAGCGGUUGUUCCAGCAAAUGUGGACAUUGCAACUCAAGAAAUCAUUGAGAUUGCUAGAGAGCUUGACCCUGACGGGCAGAGGACAUUGCGGAUUCUCACUAAGCCAGAUCUUGUUGAUGAAGGAGCAGAAGAUAAAAUCAUUGAACUUGUCGAGAGAAAGCCAGAGACACAAGGGCUAGGCUGGGUGGUAGUCAAAAAUCUUGGGCAAAAGGAUCUUCACGACUCAUCCAAGAUUCGUGACAUCGAAGAAAAGAAGUUCAGAAGCUCGCCACCUUGGAGCCGUCUCUCCAAGCAAAACUAUGGUAUUGAAGCUCUUGGGUGGCGACUCCAAGCUCUUCUGGCCUCAAAUGUGCGGCGGGAAUUUCCAAAGGUGCGAUCUGAGGUUUCCAGGCGCCUCAAGGAAUGCAGAAAGGCUCUUGAAAGCCUUGGGGCAGAACGCGAGUCCCCUGAGCAGCAAAGCCGAUAUCUGCUCGAAGUUGUAUCAAAGUUCCAGCGCAUCACAGAGAACGCUCUCCAUACCAAUUACGGGUCCCAGGAUUCUUUCGAUGAAUAUCAUAGCUUAAGAUUGGUAACUCUGGUAGCUAACCGAAAUGCGCAAUUUUCUGACGAAGUUUCCAACCAAGGGCAUGUCUACUGCUUCAAUACGCAUAGCCAUGAUGAUGACUCGGAAAAUGAUCCCAAAACAUCAGUGACCUCCCCACCAAGUUCUGUCGGCGCCCAAGUUGGGGAAGAUGAAAAUAAGGAGAAAGACGCCUACAACGACAUCAAUUCUAUACCCAGCAGAAAAAUCGAUAUUUGCCAUGACAUUGAGGAUAUUUUGCAUGAUGGCGUCCAGAUAGAGUAUUCAAAGACACAAGGUAUACUCUCUUGGAUCGAGGAUCUCUAUCUAGAGUCCCGUGGAUUUGAGCUUGGAAAAUUUAGCUCUUCGAUCCUUUCCACCGUCAUGAAGAAACAAUCUGCAAAAUGGCCUCCUCUAGCCGAAGGCUACAUUUGCGAUAUAAUAUCUAUCGUUCACAACUUUAUCAGCACAGCCUUGACAAUAUCCUGUGGCGAUCACAUACUACACUCAAAUAUUCUCUCGUUUUUGAUGGAUGGGCUAAUUGAGAGGUAUCGGAAAUCUCUUUCAAUGACGGACUUUCUCCUAAAAAUUGAGAGAGAGGGAACACCGAUGAGUCAAAAUCAUUACUUCAAUAGUAAUUUACAAAAGUGUCGCCAGGAACGAAUAGCGUCUGCUGUUAAGAAGUCUUCGUUCACUGUGGAUAUGCAUGAUGGCUCAGAACGGGAUUGUUAUCAAGUUUGUGAUCUUGUGAGAAUUCAUCACAUGAGUAAUUUUAAACAGACGGUCGAGGAUAUCCAUGACAUUCUGAAAUCAUACUAUAAGGUCGCACGAAAAAGAUUUGUUGACAAUGUGUGCAUGCAAGCGGCGGACUUUUAUCUGGUCACUGGACCCGAGGCCCCGAUGAAUAUCUUCUCGCCAGCUUGGGUCUAUUGCCUUUCUCCUGAUCAAUUGGAACAUAUAGCCGGGGAGGAACUGUCCAUUCGGAGGUAG